GGCUCUGGGAGGGAGGGAGGCGGGCCCGAGCCCGGGGCUGGUAGAGUCCCCGCUCCGCACUGGCCGCUCGCACUCAGCACCCAAGGCCGCGGAAGCUCGGGCUGCGGGCGCCGCCGCUGCUGCUGCGCUCCGCCCUCGCUCUGUCCGCCGCCGGCCGGGGCUUUCGCUGCGCCCUGCUCCGGGGAGCCGCUCGCUAUGAACGCAGCGCGGGCCCUGCUCUCCGCCGUGUUCCUCAUCAGCUUCCUGUGGGAUUUACCCGGGUUCCAGCUGGCGUCCAUCGGCUCCUCCAGCCAGGCCAUGAGCAGCCGCCGAGAGGCGAAGGUGGCCAGGUCCCCCCGAGGCAUCCCCGCCCCGGCGCAGCAGCGAGCGGAGCCCCACGAGUACAUGCUGUCUCUGUACAGGACCUACUCCCUAGCGGAGAGACUGGGGAUCAAUGCCAGCUUGUUUCAGUCCUCGAAAUCCGCCAAUACCAUCACUAGUUUUGUAGACAGGGGACGAGAUCUUAGUCGCUACCUCAUAAAAAGGCACGGGUCCAUCUUAAGUGCUACGCAGAGUCCCUUUAAAGUCCCAUGCAGAGUGCAGGUCUGUUUUGUCACGUUGUUGACGUUUGUUCAUGGGAUUAAAGAAAGGAGAGAGCGAGCAGCAAGGAAGAGGAUGCUGGCUAUAAACCCAGAACAGAGUUUGCUGGCUAUAAACCCAGUGCCGUUGCAGAGGGAGGUGGCUAAAAUCAAAAAGCCCCUGCCCGUGAACUUCAAGGAGCUGGGCUGGGACGACUGGAUCAUCGCGCCGCUGGAGUACGAGGCCCACCACUGCGAGGGGGUGUGCGACUUCCCCCUGCGCUCCCACCUGGAGCCCACCAACCACGCCAUCAUCCAGACCCUCAUGAACUCCAUGGACCCCGGCGCCACCCCGCCCAGCUGCUGCGUGCCCACCAAGCUCACCCCCAUCAGCAUCCUCUACAUCGACGCGGGCAACAACGUGGUGUACAAGCAGUACGAAGACAUGGUGGUGGAGUCCUGCGGCUGCAGGUAGCAGGCGCCUCGCCGCUCCCCCGCCGGGAGCGAGCCGUGAACUCAAAGGGCAGGAGGGGGCUGGUGGAGUCGGAGAUCCCCCCCCCGUGGGACGGGAGGGAAAGGGGGGCCGCUCCCGGGGGAGGCAUUGGCCGACCUGAUCUGCAUCCUUGAGAGGGCUGAAAGGGUGUUAGCUGCCUUCGCCCAGCCAGCGCCGGGGGCGGCUGCUCAGUCUGCAGGAAAAAACCUGCCACUGGGGAGCCCACCGUCCAGAUCCUGCUUUGCGCGCCAGGAGACUCAAGCCCGCCCUUCCUUCAGAGUGCUGGGGGGAAGUGGAGGCACGAAAGUGGGAGGGGAAGAAGGGGACACUCUUUUGCAAAAGCGUCCUUCCAACUGGACGGGAACCUGCGCCUCACGUUGUGGGCCUCAAGUCUGGAGAGAGCAGGGGCAUUUUGCUGCACGUCUUUUCUGUCGAUUGCUCUCCCCAGUAUGUAUACAAGAUGCUGCGAUAGGCACCUGUUCACACUGAGCUCAUUUAAGAUUAAGGGAAAGCAAGAGGCAAGAUUUUUCUCCUGGGCUGGCAUGCGGAGAGUCGUGGAGCUAGCAAGCAGAAGAGGCAAAAACAAAACAAAACAGUCCCCAAUAAAGUUUUGAUUCCAAGGACUUUUCCCUUACAAUUAUCCGAUGCUCUAUACCUCCUUUAAGGGCGAAGGAAAUUUACCAAGUACAAAACCAAUCAGAGCCAGAGAGCAGAAUGACUCCUGCUUCUGAAGUUUCCCUAAAAAGGGUGAUUUCGUUUCUGCCCUCUCUCUUUCACAUUCCUGCAAAAUUACCAGCCAGAAAUAGCCUAGGGCCCCCUCCCCUCCAAAAAAAAAAUCCAGAUUCUAAUUACCAGUUGGGUUAUAUUUUAAGACUUAGUAAUGAAAAACUGUGAAAAGAGCAAAGUGUUAGAAAAAACACAAACAGGAGUGAUUUGGAAUGGAAGCGCCUUUUAAUUUCAAGAAAAAGCAUGUAACUAUUCAAUUAACACAUUCCACAGGUAGCUGUAUCAACCCACAACAGUAUUAUAUGGAAAUAUGGUGCUGGAAAUAGCAUUUGUAAAGAUUUUUGUUUCCUUCCCACCUUUAGUCUGAAACAUGGCUUUACCUAAGGAAAAUGCACUUCUUAGCAUGCCUAAAUCAUUUUAUUUUUAACUAGUACAUUUAUAAAUUUAGACUCCCCCUCAUGGAAUUGUAGUACUGUUAGCUUAUCUGGUUUCACAAAGCUUCAAACUGGUGAAAAAAGAUGAGAGUAAUAAUAAUAAUAAUAAUUAAUAAUAUAAAAUGCUAAUAAUAAUAAUUAAUAAAAGGACUCGACCAGAAGCAAUAAUUUAAAAUGCACAUUUGCUUUGGAUGCACUGUUGUUCAUAUUAAAGCUGUAAAUAUUUGUUUAUUUAAACAGACUGAGAAGUGCAAAAUGGAGGCGAACAACAUGCAUUUCUUUUUUAAAUGUACAAAACAUUAUAUGCACUCAAAAUGUUAUUUCUAAUAUUUUUAAAAAUUUAUAUUUGAGUUGUACAGAAUUAAGCAUUAAUCAGAUUUUUCAUUCUUCCUUAAAGAUAUCAUUUCCUUAAAAUAUUAUUACAAGAUUUAAAUUCUGUGUUAAUAAUGAAGAAUUUUUUUACUGGCUACCUCACUAUAAUGCAAGUAUUUACAACUCUAAAUUUAUCUGAGGUAAAUUAAUAUUCAGAACAUUUUUACCAUACACUUUUACUGGAUGAUACUACAGCUAUUACUGUAUCAUUAAACUUGUUUUUCAAAAAGACAACUUGCUUUUAUAUGUUCUAUUAUUUGGUUAAGUAAUAUCAAAUUCCUCUCAAUUAAACAUUGGCUGCAAUUCUAAAACGAUGACAAAUAUAAUAUUCAAAGCCAUUCUUCCUACUUGAAACCCUCUGUAUUCUCAUAAAGAUAAUUAGUUUUACCUUUAAUAUACAUUGAUGGUAUAAGUAUGACAGAAAUGACAUUGUGGAUUUUAUAUAAUUUUAAUGUAACUGGAAGAAGAAUGCAUUAAAGAUUCAGACGAACAUUUGUAAAUAUCAUCUGUAUUGGACAUAUUUCUAUACACUGUAUUAUGAUGAGAAGCAUAAGUACUGGAUGUUUUAUAAAUGAUAUUUAUUUUUGA